CUUGAUGGACAGGGGCCGAAACCAAUCCGACGUCCUAGCAGCGUCAGUUGAUUGGUUGUCGCGCCGGGAGAGGCGGGCCGAGUAGCGGCGUGGUUUGGUUGCGUCAACACCGGUUUACAUAGGGCGGAGUACGGCGUGUCCUUGGGCUCAGACGCCGGUGGGUCCGGGAGUCAGCGGGUUGCGGUCACCGCCGUGGGCGCAGUGUCAGCGGGGCGGCCGGCCAGGCAGUGCUGAAAAUGGGAGAUAUUGAGAAGGGGAAGAAGAUCUUUGUCCAGAAAUGUUCCCAGUGCCAUACAGUUGAAAAGGGAGGCAAGCACAAGACUGGACCUAACCUGCAUGGCCUAUUUGGACGCAAGACGGGACAAGCUGAGGGCUUCUCUUACACGGAUGCUAAUAAGAAUAAAGGUAUCACUUGGGGUGAGGAUACCCUGAUGGAGUAUUUGGAAAAUCCAAAGAAGUAUAUCCCAGGAACAAAGAUGAUUUUUGCGGGUAUUAAGAAGAAGGCUGAGAGAGCAGACUUAAUAGCAUACCUCAAACAGGCCACUGCAAAGUAAAAGUUAUCUGCUGCCUUAUUUAUUUCACAAAUGAGAUGGCAAUGGAAAUGUCUGUCACGAGAUUGGUUUUUAAACUUUCUAUUUUUACAUGUACUGUAUCUAACCUUAAAAUCUGUUUCACCCACCAGAUAACUUUGCCCACGGUGGGUCACUGGAGUACACACUUGUUUGGCAGCCACUAACUUAAUGGAAACUAUGUAAUUGGGUUGAUUUAAGUGACUAUAAUGUUCAGUCAUUCUUGAUAAAAUUAAAAAAGAAAAUAAACAUUUCCUGCCUCUUCAUUGUUUAAAAUAUAUAUAUAUAUAUAUAUGAUCAAACGAGCAGUUGUCAACAGCGUAAUAGCUUUGACACCCUAGCUCUUUCAGAUGAAAAAGCAGUGUUUUUUGGCAUCUUCCACCAUAUAUCUUCGGUCACACUACUUUAAAAAUUUUCCUAAAAAAACAGAUGAUAUUUUUUGAAGUUUAAUCAGUGCUAAGUGUUGUGUUAUAUAUUAAUCUGUCUAAAGCUUGCAAAAAGAAUGCAUUUCAUCUGACUUAAAAACCAUUUGUGAAAUGGUGGUUGUGCCCAGCCACUUUUAUUUUCUAAGGGAAGCAUGUUACCUAAUUUAUCCAUACUGAGAGCUGCAUGUGCCAGUAGACUAUAAUUCCCCUUCAGAAACAUCUUCAGUUCUGAAAUAUUAUUGAAACCCUUUGCUCAGUAAGUCUUUCAAAAAAAAAAAAAAAAAGCCAUUCUAAGUGUAAUGGAUAGAAGAGAAGAACAUUCUGUUCUGGAAAUACACACAUGCUAAAGACUAAGCUGAGAGUUAUUAAAUGUUCUUAAUUCAGCAGAAGCAUUCACCUACAAUCUACUGUUAUGGGCAAUUUCAGAUGAAGGGGUACAGGAACAAAUGCUGAAAGGAGACAGUCUUCCUCUGUGCCUGGCUGUAGCCAAUGUCCUUACUUCUGAAGGUUCUGUUACGCACAGUGUAAAACAGUGUUUUUAAUGUUUUAUCUGCAUUAUUCAUACUACAUGAAUUGUUCAGAUGAAUGUAUUUACUGUGUACUGACAGUAAGGCAUAACUCAGAGCAAUCAAUACUGUAAAUUAAAAAAAUUAAACGUC